UCGGGUGACCAACACUUGAUCCAGCAGCACAUCGAAGUCAAGGCCAAGUUUAAGCUCGAAGUGUUUAUCAGCACUAACAACAAGGACACGGACGGCGACCAAACAGACCUUGUGGAAACAGCUGGGAGGCCCAUCUACCGCAGCACACACGACACACUCCAUCGCGACCAAGAACGGGCGCAGGGCACCACCUCACCACACGCACACCUGCACAACAAGCUAUUCUUCAGAGAUAGGGACAGGGAGAAGGACAAGACCGUGGAAACACCCAUGGGGCACCUCUACAGGCCGGAUUUCAAGGAGAACGAAUUCCGAUACCCGUUGAGAAGGGGUGUGGGGCAAACCCCCGCCAACACGCACCAGCCGAUGACACCAGGCGCUGCCCUCGCGCCUGUGGUCAGUGCCGGUGAGAGAAGCUCAGGCCACAACACCCAGGCACACACUACCGCUGCCUAUGCGCGACCGAACCACCUCGAAG